UGCGGCUCGGCCCCCCCGGAGCCGCUCCUCCCUCGCUGGAGCCGGCUGACGUAUUCGGGCACCGUGAGGCGGUCUGAGCUGAACAUGACGCGCAAACGUCCGAAGAGCUUCCGCAGGAACAAGAAAGAAUGCUGCAAAUUUGGCAAAAGCAAACACCGGAAGUGGGGUGACUGACACGUGCUUCCAAUGAUUGGGAACAUACGGUCCGUCGUCUCCGUCUCAUUCUGCCGCUCGCAGAGGAAACAUGAGGCUGCGGGUCGUGCUGGUCCUUGGGCUCGUCGCUCAGAGCUUUGCCGCGGACGAGUCAUGCAUGGGUCGCUGCGAGAACGGUUUCGACUCCGAGAAGAAGUGCCAGUGCGACACCAUGUGCAAGUACUACAAGAGCUGCUGCGUCGACUUUGAGGCCACUUGUGGCAUGAUGACUCGCGGGGACACAUUCGAUUUCGCGGAAGAUGAUGAUGAUUAUCUUGAAAGCACCACGGCAUUCGCACGUGUGCCGCCCUCCACCCGUCCCACUCUGCUGCCCGUUUCCGACUUUGCCCACAGACCGCAACGGCGACCAGAAGCCACAUUCCAAAUGAAUAAACCUCCGGCGGGAUUUCCGAGAGUCACCGCGGCACCGUCAACGAAGCCCCCCAAUAGCAGCACAGCCAGUGUUACGUUGGCUCAGACGACCACACCUCCGACGACGGCUGCGACCACGCCUGCAACUACUGCAACCCCUGACCCUGACGCCGAGGUGUGCAGCGGAAGGCCCUUUGACUCCUUCAUGCAGUUGAAGAACGGCUCCAUCUUUGCCUUCCGGGGCGAGUAUUUUUUUGAGCUGGACCAGAAGACUGUACUUCCCGGCUACCCGAAGCUAAUCAAGGACGUGUGGGGCAUCAGGGGGCCCAUCGAUGCCGCUUUCACGAGAGUCAACUGCCACGGGAAGACUUACAUGUUUCAGGGGAGCAAGUACUGGAGGUUUGACAACGGGGUGCUGGAUGAAGACUACCCUCGGGAUAUCAGCGUGGGCUUUAAUAAUAUUCCAGAUCACGUGGACGCUGCCUUCGCCCUCCCUGCUCACAGCUACAACAGCAGGGAGAAGGUGUAUUUCUUCAAAGCCGAACGGUACUACGUGUACGAGUUUUUGCACCAGCCAUCCCACGAGGAGUGUGUCACCAUAUCUGAGAGGUCUCCAUCCACGCUGUUCAGACGCUACACGAAUAUGUACUCCAGCAGCUAUGACAGAUUUUUCAGCGAUCUCUUCUCAGAGGUGCCCCAGCACCAUAGUCAUCACCACUUCAUUGACAAAGACUGGGAGGGUCUCAAGUCACCGGUGGACGCUGUCAUGGCUGGCCGAAUCUACGUCCCUCCGCGCCGCAACCGGCCGGACCAAACAUGGGGCCGGUACCAGCAGCACCAGCAAUACGGGCAGCAGUACGGACAACAGUACGGUCGGCAGUGGAGUCGGAGGAGGCAGAACCGCUCGCCCUUCUGGGAAGCCAUAGCCGAGAGGGGCAUGGGCAUGGGGCAGCAGUUUGCAGAGAGGGGGAUGGACCUGGGCCUGAGGCUGGCUGAGAAGAGGAUGGAGAUGGAGGAGAGGAUGGGACGAGACUGGAGCAGACGUUGGGAUCGGGACUGGGACCGGGACGGGACGGGACGAGACUGGAGCAGACGGUGGGAUCAGGACUGGGACCAGGACAGGCGCAGAGACGGCUACAGGCGGAACAAUCGAGGAAACUACGACUCCAGAGACAGAAAUGACGGGGCCUACUGGAGGAGUAUGCCUGUACAGAGUAUCUACUUCUUCAGAGGAGAUAAAUACUACAGAGUGGACCUCAGCACCAAGAGAGUGGACCCGGCCGUACCUCCCUAUCCCAGAUCCAUUGCCAAGUACUGGCUCGGCUGCUCGGACACAUCAGGGGCUGAGAAGAAGUAACUUGAAUGUUUAUUUUGUAAUUUUUUGGGUAGAAAUUGGCAAAAGAUAUGAGCGAGAUGGGAUCAGCGUAACUCGUAAAUAGCUAGCUCGUCAGCUUGAGCAAAUAUUGCAGAUGAUCCAAAGUCCAAAUUCUUGCUGACCCACUUCGUUAACUGCGAUUAGGUGGUAAUGCAAUACAAAGGCAACAUUUUAAACCUGUGGAGUGGACCUGAGUGGUGAGUGUAAGCAGUGGUCACAGGAUGACGAUUUUACAGUUUAAUUGUACACAUAACACAUCUUUAUUUUACCUUUGUAACUCUCAUCUAUCAUUUUUCAUAGUGCUGUAUCGUGUAAUUGUCGUGUUUGUUUCUUUGCUGUGGGGAAACUCAUUUGUUUCUCUUUCCUACUAGUGAGAUGUAAAUGUAACUCCGAAUGGACAUGACAAAUAUGGUUCAUCGGCCCAAAAAAAAAAAGACAAAGUAUCAAAUCUGCAAUGGUGUAGAUUUAAUCUUCAGACGUGUGAUUUGACCCACUGGAAAAAAAAAAAAAAAAAAAAAUAGCCGGGGGGUCUGUGGGCUACAAGCACCAAUGUUAACGUGCAAGUUUUAUAAAUCGUAUCAUGAAUGAAAUAUAUAUAGUCCAUCUAUAAAUAAAUGCUAUUCUGUUUUCAAAAUGUACAUGUGUAUUAUUUAGGUGCAUACCUUUACCCCCCAAAAAUUAUAAAUUCACAUUCAAAUUCAACUAACUACUAAAUUGAAUUCAGAUUUGCCUCAUGGCAUGCAAGCGUGCUUUUCAUCGCGUGUAUAAUCUUAUCCAUUCAAAAACGUUUUCAUUUUUCAUUUCUCGUUUUGGUCAAUGAUUGAAACGCAUGAAUUUGACAAGAAUUAUGAACAUCAAGUAAAUAAUACAGACAUUUUACAAGUAAUUGCUUCUGAACUCUCACCGUCUGCAAGCGACGUUGGUUGUUGGCCUUGGGUUGACAUCAGAAUGUACCAACUAUGGAAAAGUUCGUUUUCGUUGCUUCCAGUCAUUUGACGCAUUUUUGUCGUUUUGCGUGAACUUCCAAUGCCUUGAAACCUCUUGAUCCAUAGUCAAUAUUAUCCUGACCGCAUGUGCGCAAUGCUUUACCAGGACGAUCGAUUUUGCGAACGAAGUCGCUUAACAGAGUGGCAACUUCCUUCUUUCCAACGGUAUCGCCGAGUUCUCGUUCCAUCUAAUCACAUCAGAACCUAUUUUUGACAUUAUCUAUCAAUUUCUUUCACUCGAGGCGCGUCUUUCCUCUCGAGCGCCGCCAUCGUGUUGACUUGAAAAUGGCCCCAUGAACCGCCUCAUAUACAACAACCGUUUUCAUUGGUCAGGAGGAACACAUUCGACCAAUCAACAGACGUGUAUCUAAACGUCCACCUCGUUUGCAAAAGUCGGACCGGAAUUUGAGUGUGGAUUCUGGCACGGGUUAUGGUCGGAAUAUUCCAGAAAAACGGAAAAUAUAUAUUUUUUUAAUCAAUGCAAUUAAAAAAGACGGAAUUCCACCUGUCUGAAUUAUGCAUCAAUAACUGCAUGAAUAAAUUGAGGGUUGCUUUAUUGAAGGCCUCAACCCUUCAACUAUUUUUACAAUCUUAACAUUGUUUACUUAGAAUGAAUUCAAAACUAAAAUUAAAAAUUAAAAAAAAAAAUCAUUUGCAACUCAUGUAUUUCAAUCUCUUUCUCCCUUCACGUAAGCACCACAAUACAAUGACCAAAACUGUAAAUGUCAUUACAAAAAUUCUACACAAAUACAUACGUCUGACAAAAACAAUUGUCAGAAACAAUAUUACAAAUGUUACACCUGAUGUGGUGUAUGUUAUGGUAGUUUAUUUUGGAGAUAUUAUGUAUAUAGAGU